AUGCGAUGUAGUCGCGUUCGCUUUGCCUUUCCGCGGCCUAUAUUAACUUUGGUUUCCGUUCCGCCACCACCGCCGCAUCUGCGCAACGGCAGCGGCAGCACCAGCACCACUACCAGCAUGGACCCGCUGGGCUACUGGCUGCUGCUGGUGGCGUUUGCCCGUCUCUCCUCCGUCUACUUUGGAUACUUCAACCUCUGGGCGCUGCAGGUCGCUGUCUACUCCAAACGCACCAUGUCUGACGUGCACGGUCGCACCUUUGCUGUCUGGACAGCUGUCACCUGCACGCUCUGCAUCCUCUGUGCGCUGCAUCUGGACAGCCGCCCGCUCUACCUCGCCACGCUGACGUCCUUCGUCUUCGCCCUCCUGCACUUUCUGCUCGAGCUGCUCGUCUACAAGACCAUGACAGUCAAGAACUUUGCUGCACCAUGCUUCUUCGCUUCUGUGUCCACAGUGUGGAUGUUUAUGGAGUUGGGGAUGCGAUCACUCAUACUGCAUCAACUGCAUUCUUCAAUGGGCUUCGUACAAGACCCAUCCGUGGUGUCCCCAGUGUCGCUUGCCAUUUUCAUCGCUUUACCUCACCCACCAGAGCUAGAUGCCUAUGAAGAAGACGAGGAAGAAGACUAUUAUGCUAACACUCUGCGCAUAGGCAACAGGCGAUGGGGUGAGAAUGGCUAUGUCCGCCGGGGUCGCAUAGAGGCACGCCCUGCCCCUGCCCGCUCAUCCAGUGCAGCUCAGAAGGGUCAGAAUUCCAAGGAGGGGAUUUUGGGCCGAAGGGCAAGGCGAGCUCAGAAGAGGACCAUGGCUGAUGCGGGACCUUCUGGCUCAGGCAGCCGCUAA